GGCAUCGUCGUGCUGGGUAGAUCUCCCUUCUCCCCGAAUGAGCUGCUCGAUGGGCACGAGCUUCUCAUUGCCAUCCCUCGACUUAUCCACUUCUCCUCAUAGCGUACUGCUGGUUGGAGCGGCGCACGCGCUUGUGGUGAUCCAUAACUCUCCGACUAUGAUCUACCAGUAAUAAUCUUGUAGCCCUGUACUUAUAUCGUACAUCCCCCAAUUUCUCCCAUUAAGAUACAAUAGCCUCUUCCUUAUCCUUCCGUCUUCGAGUUUCACCCCUACUCUUGCUUCAGAGCUUGGUCAUAUAUAUAAACUUUUACAUCACCUUAUUCUGCACACCCUCACUAUCGAUAGAAUAUCUUUCACUGUCGCUUCAUCCGAGUUGUCUAUAUCAAUCAGAGCAGGUCAAGAAUAGCAAUUGGAAAUGAAGAAUACAAUCCCAUCGGACGUGUGGGAGAGGAAGAAAGCAUUGAUCGCUAAGUUAUAUAAGGACGAAGAAUGGCCGCUUAAACAGGUCAUCAAGCAGAUUCGCUCAGAUGAUUUUAAUCCAAGUGAGACUCAGUUGCGCAGUAGGUUAAAGAAAUGGCGUGUUACCAAACCAUCUCGCCAGACUCGGAAGAAGUCCCACGAUGACCAACACGACGCCAAUGGAGAUGGGAGUAGCCACGAAGCAGGGUCUCCAAAGGAUGAGACCCCGGUUUCCCCCAAGACCCAGCUGUACCCAACACAGAAACCAGUUACAGUAUCAUCCUCUACCGAGCCAGUCUUUUUUAUGGCCGAUGGAACCUAUAUGCAUCAUGAUCUACCUACCACAGGGCCAUUUAAUAGCCAUGGUGCCUCCAACGCCUGGUCUCAAGAUCGGGAUUCGUCUGUGGUAGUUAUUCCCAACUCUAAUGCCUUUGAGCCAUCUCACGCUUCUCCUAUGGUGGAUGGCGUUUUGCUUGACUCGACAUCAUCAAUAGCCCCUUCUUUCCAAAGCCCCCCUUAUGCGAUGACAGCUGGCUCAUGCAUUGCGACCCCGACAACCGCCGCAACAGAGCCCAUCAGUUGGGCCGUUCCUCAUUGGUACCCGAUGCAUCUAGAGGCUGGGGCUCAGCCUUCGUCAAUGCCAUACUACACUACUGCACCUCUAAGCCCCCCUAUCGAUCCGGCAAUGCAGAUGGUUCCUCACCCUCCUCACCGGGUAUACUCACCCCCCUCGCCAGGGUGCUCAUUCUCACGUGAGCAGGUGUUUGAUUUGCACGAAGCUACAAAGCCAUCUAUUCGUGCUAUGUCUGUCUCUUAUAGCCCUGGUACCGCUGGCGGCCACCCAAGGCCCAACCAGAAAGGAAGACAGCCAGCAGCGCUUGAGAAAAAGACGUCUCUCCCAUCUAAGCUGUCAAAUCAUCCUCCGGCUGGACUAGUGACACCUCCUUCCCCAUUCUUUUCAGGCGGGCACCCUGUGAUGUGUGCGACCUUUCCUUAUUAAUCUGAACUCUUUAUAUACAGAUCUCUCGACAUUGAUUGUCGGUCUGCUUACCUUUUUGCAUUUCAUAACCUGUACUUACAUUGCUAUUCCCCCAAUGUCUUGGGUAAUAUGUUAUCAUGCAUGGCUCGUCCCUUUCUUGCCUUUUUCUUAUCCUUCCAUUUUGUUGUCUUGACUUAUUUGUCCCAUGUGUAUGACAUUUGAAAAGGAAACAGGUGGGAUCAAUGUUUAUAGGGGUGGUACGCAGAUGAAUGAUGCUGCAUGGUCUCAGCAGGUCAUGAGAUCCCUGGCGCAACGGGAUGUAUUACAGGGUCAGAGGAGUGUUUCUUGAUAUCCAUGAGCAAAGAAGGAGUUAAGGUGUGUUUAUGCAUACGUUGUACAUUUAGGUAAUCGAGUCAAUACUGGUUGUCAAUUUGGGUUCUGAGGCAUUGGACUUGGUGAUUUCAUCAAUGCUAUAUUCUACUUUGAUUUGGAGCAUAAACCGUUGAUAUGUGCCAUAUGUAGGUUAUUAAAAUUUUGUGGUUUUUCUAGUGAAGCCUUGAAAAUGGUGGGGGCUAAGUUUAGGAAGAAGAAAUGAGAUAAUCACUAAACUUUCUAUGGAUCUGUAUUAUUCCGACAACGGACCUCGGCAACUAUCUUGGUAAGGCGCGGGG